CAAAGUGACGUCAUCACUAACGAGCGCCCCCCGCCGACACGGGCGGUAGUACAACAACACGAGGACGUGAUUCACUUCCGAGGGCAGAAAGCUGCAAACACAGGACUGCAGAUCCAGGCAGACUCAUUCACAGUGUCCCUAUGAAUAUCUGAAGAUGACAAUCCUGCUCCUGCGGUUUGAAUGUGAGCUGAAUGUGACGGGGGAUCGGUGAAUCACUCCUUGGGCCUCUGCUCAGGAAACACCGCGGAUGAGACUGAGGCCUGGUGAGUUCUGCGGAAUGAACUGUGAUUUUUAAACAUCUUGAUCAUGGCUGAAGAUCCUCAGAGGAACUUCCGCUCCGCGUAUUAUGAGAAAGUGGGAUUCAGAGGAGUGGAGGAGAAGAAAUCGCUGGAGAUCGUGCUGAAGGACAAUCCCCUGGAUGUGGAGAAGCUGAGCACGUUCAGUCAGAGGUUUCCGCUGCCCUCCAUGUACCGGAUCCACGUCUGGAAAGUCUUACUGGGUAUCCUGCCCCCCCACAGCGACUCUCACGCGCUGGUGUCCCGCUGUCGCCUCCAGCAGUUCCAGGACAUCAGCUCCGCUCUGACGGCCAUGCGCUUCACACACACACACACUCCGCCGACCGAGCUUUACCUGCGCAUGUACCAGCUGGAGAACCAGAGGCUGCCCCGGCGCAGCGAGCCCAGGCCUGCGGACGACGAGGACGAGAACUUCCUGGCCAUCAGCCGAGCGAUGGAGGAGAUCGUGGACGACCCGGUGGACUGCUAUUGGCUGGUGCGCUGCUUCCUCAACCAGUUCAAGCUCAAGUUUGGAGACUCCAUCCCUCACCUGCCGAAGAGUCUGGAGCACUUCCUGUCUCAGGAGGACGCGUGUCUGCUGGCUCACCUGAAGGCGUCCGGCUCUCUGCACUCGCUGCCGUACCGCCUCUGGUUCAGACGCUGCUUCGCCGGGUGUUUGCCGGAGUCCAGCCUACAGAGGGUGUGGGAUAAAGUGAUCAGCGGCUCCUGUAAGAUUCUGGUGUUUGUUGCCGUGGAGAUUUUGCUCAGUUAUAAGAUCCUGCUGAUGGGAAUCAGUCACCCGGAUGGAGUUUACAACUUCCUGUCUAACAUCUGGCGUGUUUCUACAGCUGCCCCAGGACAACACCGACGCCAUCGUCACCAAAGCCAUCGACCUGUGGCACAAGCACUGCGGGACGCCCAUGCACGCGGUGUGAGAUGACAGGAAGCGCACAGAUGUGUGUGUGUGUACUCAUCCUUUAUUAGGCUCCUUUACAUCAGAAUCUGCACACAUCGUUCAGGAGUGACAGUACGUUACACCACAUGCUCAGAAAACACGUCUGUCUGCGAGUCGCCACAGAAAUACACUCGUUAUUCCUGAUCUGGAAAAGUGCCUAAAAUUCUCAAAAAGUCCCUUUGAAUGAUCCACAGAAAAACAGAUGCGUGUGAAUAAAGAAAGACAGAAAUAUAUAUAUAUAAUUAUUAUUGUUGUUUUUUUUGGAUGAUUGUUUCGUUUAAUGCCCGAUGUGUUCAGUAUCAAAGUCAGUUAAAAAUAUUUAUAAAUAAUAUAUGAACAUAAAAAUGUACAAUAGUAGCAUUUACAAUAGUGUUUUGUAAACAUAUGAACUAACAGUGAGCAAUAUAUUUAUUACAAGUCAUAUUUACGUUAGUUAACUAAUGUUUACAAAUACUUUUCAUUUUCACAACGUACGGUGACACUUUACAAUAAGAUCCCAUUAGUUAUUGUUAAUGGAUGUAUUAACUCACAAUGAGUAUUUUUUUCAUUUUGUUAACAUGAGUUAUCCAAAAAAUAACAUUAAUAGAUACAACUUUUGAUUUCAAUAAUGUAUUAGUAAAUGUAUUUAAAAGUAUUAUUCAUUGUUCAUGUGAACAAGUGAAACCUUAUCGUAAACUGAAUUAAAUGUGGAAGUAAAUGUUAAAAUGAACAUUAAUACUAAUGUAGUUAACUAAUGAAACCUUAUUGUAAAGUGUUGCUGUUACAAUUUGUGUUCAUUGUUACUAAAAUACUAAAUGCAACGCUGAUUAUUGUGAGUUUCUUGAAUGUUUUGGUUUAUAUUUUGGCAACAGGACGCCCUGUAGAGUGGGCGGAGUUUAAAGGGUGCGCCCAACUCGAUCACAAGACCAGCGAGCGCCGUUGAGCACAUAUUGAGACAAAAGAGGAAAAAAAAAGCCAUAAAUAUAGUCAGUCAAUCCCAUUAUUGCUGUCCUGUUGCUCAGCUUGAGCCUGUCGGGAACGUCUCCGCUGUGAUUGGUCAGUAUUGUGGGCGUGACAAGUUUGCUUUUUUGCUAUUGGUUAAAGAGGACCUAUUAUGCUUUUUCUCCGUGUUUAGUGUGUGUGAUGUUGCUGUUUGAGCCUGAAAAAGAGAGUUCUCCUCGAUAUCAGAGUCAGUGUUUCUGAACUCGCUAGUCUCGACUGUUUCCUGAAACUAUGUUGUCGCAAAUUGAUCGUUCAAUCACGUUGGUUAAUGACGUCACGCGCGUGUGUAGUAAUAACUACUGUUAAUGAAGCUGUUUGAGAUCGAAUUAACGCUGGGUGUUUUGCUAUAAAUCACAGAGGAAUAUUUCUCAAUUUUCUCAGUUAUUUUGACAACUCAAAGACGUAAAUGACAUUUGAAUGUUUUGUUAAUAACGCUUGCUUGCGUGUCUCAAGAUCAGGAUUUAUUGAGUCCACAUGUCACGAAAACAAGAAACUGCUUCAAACCGCAGCUCGAGAUCUGUCGCUCACACACACCUCUGCGAAUGUUUGUUAAAACUGUGUUUUUGCGAAACACCGACUCGUUGAACAUAACAUUCAAACAGGAAAACCUGUUCUAGUCGAGACUUUGUAAAAUGCCAUAACAGGUCCUCUUUAAAGACGUUU